CGCUUCUUCCGCGCUACUUCUCAGACUCGGUAGGGCUAGUCCGCCGGCCUCAGUUGAACCAAUAACCAGAAAUUCAGAGUGCAAGAAGCCCUAGCUCUGGCAAUGGCUGCUCCAAUUCCGAUCGACAGUUACAAGCUCGGCUUCAUAGGUGCUGGAAAAAUGGCGGAGAGCAUCGCCAGAGGAGUGGUGAGAGCAGGUGUCUUGCCCGCUUCAAGGAUCCGAACUGCUCACAAGGAUUCUGAUCGCAAAGAGGCUUUCACCGCUUUUGGCGUCACUGUUUUCGACCACAAUGAGGAGGUAGCUGAAGACAGCGAUGUGGUGAUUUUCUCUGUGAAACCUCAAAUUGUUAAGAAAGUGAUUCUGGAAUUAAAGCCACUGCUUCCAAAGAAGAAACUUUUGGUGUCAAUUGCUGCAGGAAUCAAAUUGACUGAUUUGCAGGACUGGGUUGGUCACAACCGAUUUAUAAGAGUGAUGCCGAACACUCCUGCUGCAGUUGGUCAGGCAGCAACAGUAAUGUGCUUGGGAAAAGCCGCUACAAAAGAAGAUGGUGAACUAAUAGCUAAUUUGUUUGGAGCAAUAGGAAAGAUGUGGAAAGCUGAUGAGAAGUUGUUUGAUGCAGUCACUGGUUUGAGUGGUAGUGGUCCAGCUUACAUAUACCUCGCAAUAGAUGCUUUGGCUGAUGGAGGGGUAGCUGCUGGUUUACCACGAGAUCUUGCAUUGGGCCUGGCUUCUCAAACAGUUCUGGGAGCAGCGUCUAUGGCCAGUAUCACAGGGAAGCAUCCGGGUCAGUUAAAAGAUGAUGUUGCAUCACCUGGAGGAACCACAAUUGCUGGGAUACACGAGUUAGAAAAGGGUGGAUUCCGCGGUGCCUUGAUGAACGCUGUUGUUGCUGCUGCCAAGCGUGGCCGAGAACUAUCUCAGAGUUAGCCUUAUAUAUACAUUUGAAACUGUCUGGCAUUCUUUUUGUUAUAUUGGCCAGGAGAAAUUCUGAUUAUACAGAUAAGAGGUCCACACUGAUCUACAUGUGAUGGUCCCCGAAUUCAUCUCUGAGAAUAGGAGAGUUACACUGUCAUUGGAUUUGCAUACCUGUUAAUAACUAUUUCAUUCAGAUAGGUGGUUCGUAGGAAAGUUGCAUUGUC